AUGGCUAGCAGAAACCGUAAAGCGCUCCGUGAUAACAUCCAGGGGAUCACCAAACCCGCCAGGCGCAGCUCCGGUCUGAUCUUCGAGGAGACCCGCGGUGUGCUGAAGGUGUUCCUGGAGAACGUGAUCCGUGAUGCCGUCACCUACACCGAGCACGCCAUGAGGAAGACGGUGACCGCCGUGGAUGUGGUGCAUGGUCUGAAGAGGCAGGGCUGCACCCUGUACGGCUCCAGAGGAUAA